AUAGUGGGACACCAGGCGGACGUGGAUUUGCUUUUUAAACCCCGAUGGUAGACCUCGUUGGUGGAGUUGUGUUUCUGUGUUUGUGGACUGAACUGAAGGACGAGUGUGUUGUGUCGUCACGAUAAGUAUCUGAGCUGUAGCAGCUAAGCUGAGAGUUUUCGGAGAGUUGAUCAUAGACCGACAAACUGCUACAGAAGAAAUAUUACCAGGUACAGAUCGAUCGUCAGCGCAGACUGCUGGAUAUCACCUGGAAACCCGAGAUAAAGUUACACAGGAUAGACCUUCUACAGCAACAUGUCUACACAGAGGAGGAGGGUCUCACUGAGCAGCAGCUCUAUAACCAGGAGAGGAACUCUAGUAUGGACCAGGAGGAACCAGAACCUCCACAUGUGAAAGAGGAACAGGAGAAACCAGAACCUUCACAGAUGAAAAAAGAACAGGAGGGAUCAGAACCUCUACAGAUGAAAGAGGAACAGCAGGAACCAGAACCUCCACAGAUGAAAGAGGAACAGCAGGAAUCAGAACCUCCACAGAUAACAGGGGAAUGGGACAAAACAGAACCUCCAAAGAUGAAAGAGGAACAGGAGGAACCAGAGCCUCUACAGAUGAAAGAGGAACAGCAGGAACCAGAACCUCCACAGAUGAAAGAGGAACAGCAGGAACCAGAACCUCCACAGAUAACAGGGGCAUGGGACGAAACAGAACCUCCAAAGAUGGAAGAGGAACAGGAGGAACCAGAGCCUCUACAGAUGAAAGAUGAACACGAUGAACCAGAACAUCCACAGAUGAAAGACGAACAGCAGGAACCAGAACCUCUACAGAUGAAAGAGGAACAGGAGGAACCGGAACCUCUACAAAUGAAAGCGGAACAAAAGGAACCAGAACCUACACAGACAAAAGAUGAACAGGAGGAACUAGAACCUCCAGAUAUAAAAGAGGAAUGGGAGGAGCCAGAACAUCCUGAGAUAAAUCCAGAGAUAAAAGAGGAACAGGGGGAACCUCCAAAGAUAAAAGAGGAACAGGAGGAACCAGAACCUCUGCAAUUUAAAGAGGAAUGGGAGGAACCAGAACCUCCACACAUUAAAGAGGAACAGGAGGUAGCCGAGAGCCCAGAUCAGGAAGGAAGCAACCAUGUAGACUCAGGAUCAACUAGAAAUGCAGAGCUGAAUCCUAAGAUGAGUUGUCACAGAGACACAAGUCACAGUAACAAUGUAGACAACUCUCCCAUGUCAGAAAAUUGGUGUCAUACUGACAAAGGUAAAAAGUCUGUAACAUGCGAUAUCUGUGGAAAAGCCUUUAAGUACAUGCAUUUAAUGAAGAGACAUUACAGAUUUCAUGUGGGCGAGACACCCUAUCAUUGCAACGCAUGUGGUAAAAGUUUCACACAGAAGAGUGAUUUGAUUUUACACAUCAGGAUUCAUACAGGUGAGAAGCCGUACGGUUGUGACACAUGUGGUAAAACCUUCACUCGAAUUACUACUUUAACGGACCACAUGAGGACUCACUCAGGUGAGAAGCCAUAUGGUUGUGACACAUGUGGUAAAACCUUCACUCGAAGUACUACGUUAAAGCACCACAUGAGGACCCACACAGGUGAGAGGCCAUCCUCUUGCAAGACAUGUGGGAAAUGUUUCAGUCAUAUUGGUGUUUUGACACGGCACAUGAGGACUCACACAGGUGAGAGGCCGUCCUGUUGCAAGACAUGUGGGAAACGUUUCAGUCACAAUAGUGCCUUGACUCGGCACAUGAAGACUCAUACAGGUGACAAGCCAUACAGUUGUGAUGCAUGUGGUAAAACCUUCACUCGAAGUACCUCUCGAACGAAGCACAUGAGGACUCACACAAGUGAGAAGUUGUCGUCCUGACAACUGAUCUAAUUAUUUUCUAAGAUGAAAUAAAGUUUUAAUUUCAGAGACAAUGUCCUGCACAAACAAACCGUUCACCUUAAACAUAAAAAUAGCAAACUUGGACAUUAAACAGAUGGAAGGAGACAUCUCCCUCUGUCUGGGACAACCUAACCAACUGACGCUUGAGUUUACAACAGGGUUUGGAGAGGUCCACCUUAAGAGCACCUUAAUUUGUUAAGCUAAAGGUUAUGCAGGAGCCACGGGACUAGAAGAAGACAAGACAACCAGACUAUGUUUUAAUGGUGGGAACUCAAAGAACAUGGCUAACAAAGCAACUCUUCCAGAGACUGGAGUGCCAUGUAUAGAAACUGACAAAGUGACAGUGACAGUGACAAAGACAGGAUAUGUAAAAUCUUCUCUGGUUGGUGUAAAAUGUCCAUCAUGGGAUGAGUGUUUAUAAAGCCCUUAAACUACGGCCAAGUGGAGGCACAGAAGUCAACUGCUGUUUCACAACAUUUGAUUAGCAAUGUGCAGAAAGGCUGUUAUAGAAGUUGCACAAAAUUGUGCAAAAAAAGUGACAUACCUUGCCUUUAACUGUAUUUCAAACUGUGUGAGGUUGGUUUAUGGAAUCUGGUUUUGACCAGUGUCAAAUUGCACAUUCAAUAUGAGGCCGGUAAAUUGUGAUUUGUGGUGAAUCUUCCAGAAUCAAAGAUACAAAUUUUUACAGGAAAGAUAAUUAUUCCCAGGGUGAAGUGAAAAUGAAGUAGUCUGGAUGACUGAAGUUCUUUCCGGUUUAUCAUCAUAAGUACUGAAAACACUGUUUCCUGUCAACUGGUGUCUUCUCUUUUUUUGCCUGAGCGUUUUUGAUUACAUCAAAAAUUUCUGCUUUCCAACUUUUCGAGGUGAUACAGACCAAGUUAUUCCAAAAGUUGAUUUCAUAGUAUAAAUAUGAAAAUUUACUGUUCAGAGCUUGGAAAUAAAUUGACAGAAGAUAUCACAUAGGGCUCUUUACUGCUACCACGUGGUCAUAUUGUUGAACUGCAGUACUGCAUUUUCAGAAUCAGAAUCAGAAUUCAUUUUAAAUGCCUUGAAACGAGCAGUGUUUUUGUGAUUCUAAAAACUCGUUCAAAUAAACACAAAUAAAAAGGUGUUAUUGUCAUUAUUAAAACUGAACAUUAUUGUUGAUAAAACUGCAACACUUAGUGGAGUUUCAAUGACAGUUUACUUCAUGUGAGUUUAACUGUUCACUGUGAUGUUAAAUAAACAGUUUUGAAGGUAGACACACCUCCAGUUGUCUGAAAUUAUGUCAGUUAGCCAAUUAGAAGCUUCUACAGCUAUGACAUCAUUACCUGGAAAUGUUUAAGCUGUUUGAAGGCA